AUGCUAUGGGCGAAGAUCGCAUCGCCUUUGUCGUCUUGUGCACGCCGAGGGUUAGGAGGGCAGUUGAGAGCCGCCACUCGUAAUUUUCAAUCCAUUGCUGUGCAUCACCACCCAAAUCCGCAAAGCUAUGGCCAAUACACGCCGGACCCUACAGACCAAGCCGACGGGGAUGAGGGUGGGGGUAAGGGCCGCAGAAGCGAUGACCCAACCUUCAAAUCCACUAUCUUGAAGAUGCUCGAGACCUCUGCGACGACAGCGGCGUCGAUAUUCAUUCUUGGUGUGGCUGGUUACUCAUACCAUCAAUACUACAAACGCUUGAUCCUUGACAAAAUGGACAAUGCGUUCAAUCCCGGCGACCCCGCCCUUGAAGUAGCCGGCGUCGUCUCGGGCAAACAUCAGUACCAGCACGAAGAACACUGGGUUCUCCGGGAUGAGCAAGCCAAGAUCGACAAAAUCGUGUCCGGGGACAUUGGAGCUGGCCAUUACUAUCUCAUUAUUGGUGAGAAGGGUACUGGAAAGACAUCAAUGCUCCUCGAGGCAAUGCGCAAGAUCAAUGGCACCGGCUGUGCUAUGUUCGAAGCGCAUGCUGAUUUGGAAAUCUUUCGUAUUCGACUCGGAAAGGCCCUAGACUAUGAAUUCCAUGAAGACUACAUCGGCAGUUUGUUCAGUAUUCGCGGUCCGAGAGAUACCACUGCAUUGCUGGAUAUUGAACGUGCUUUUAACAAACUGGAGAAAGUCGCCCUUGCCAGAAGACGCAAGGGUACCCCACCACUGGUCCUCAUCAUCAACAGCACUCAUCUGGUUCGCGACGAUCACGAUGGGCAAGACCUCCUCGAGAUGAUCCAACAGCGUGCUGAGCAAUGGGCGGCAAGUGGACUGGUUACCACUAUCCUCAACAGUGAUGACUACUGGGUAUAUGAACGGCUGAAGCGCUAUGCGACCCGGAUGGAGGUUAUUCCAGUCACGGAUCUACCCAAGGAUAAGGCGAUGAGUGCAUUGAAGAGAUAUCGUCAACAGUUCUGUCACGAAGACCUCCCCGCUUCCAUGCUCGAAGAAAUCUACAACAAGAUCGGUGGCCGCCUUUCUUUCCUAAGCAGGAUAGCCAAGUCAAACAAUGUCAUGGCGACUUGCGACGAGAUCUGCCGUGCAGAGAAGUCCUGGUUCCUUAACAAGUGUUGGAUUCUCGGUACAGAGAUGGAUGACGAUGUCAUGGACGAACAAAAGUUCUCGUCUGCUGCAAUGGUGCUUGCUAAAGCUCUGGUCGAUCGGGAAAAAGAAAUGGAGAUCUACCACCCAGAGAGAGGCCACAUUCUUCCGGAAAUUCCUCUUCAUAAGGCCCGUGAGAUCAUGACGCGUGCCGAUUUCAUCCAGGCAUACGAUCAUGAGAACCUCUUUACCAUUGACUCGCGGGCAAUGGUGCGUGCUGAUUCUGUGCCUAUGCAACGUGCUUUCCGGGAGGUUUGCGCACUAGAAGGCUUCGACGAUCAUCUCGAAGGGACUUUGCAACGCAUUGGUGACAUUGAGUCCUUGGGCCGUACUCGCGAAAUUACUAUCAAGGACCUUUGGAACCAGGGCAAAUAUCGAAUUGUUAUGCGUGAUAACAAGGGCAGGGAGAGCGGUACCAUGGAAUUUGCUGUAGCAGAGACCGAAGGAGAGGACGACUAG